AUGUUAGUAGAAGAGGCCCGGAAACUUACCUUUGGAGGAAGGAUCACAGUAUGCUCCCCACAUUCGGUUAGUGCCAUACUGGCUCAGAAGGCUCACCGCUGGUUAACAGACUCUCGCAUCCUGAAGUAUGAGACGAUUUUGAUGACCGGGAACGGUCUCAAUUUUGCAAAAGAUCUCAGUUGCAACCCAGCCCAGUUUCUGUACGGAUGUCCUGCAGACGGGGAACAGGAGCAUGAUUGUGUGGAAUUUGUGGACUUGCAGACCAAAAGCCGAGAGGACCUGCAAGAAGCCCCGCUGGGUGAGGGACAGGAACUGUAUAUCGACGGGUCCUCCCGGUGCAUCAGUGGAGUACGAUACAGUGGCUAUGCUGUUGUAGAUGGUGCAACGAAACGGACGAUUGAGUCCGGACGACUGCCCGGGAAGUGGCCGGCCCAAUCCUGUGAGUUGUACGCCCUCCAGAGGGCCCUGAAGCUGUUGGAAGGGAAAGUGGGGACCAUAUAUACUGUCUCAAAGUAUGCAUACGGAGUCGUUCAUACUUUCGGGAGAAUCUGGAAAGAGCGAGGAUUGAUAACUUCCCGGGGCAAGGAAUUAGCUCACGAACAAAUGAUCACCCUAACGUUGGAAGCCCUGUCGUUACCUACGGAACUUGCAGUAGUCCAUGUACCCGGUCACCAGAAGUGGUCGACACCGGAAGCGGUGGGAAACCGGCUGGCAGACGAGGAAGCCAAGCGGGCAGCGGUCGAAAAAUCCGUCCAAUUGUUAACGUUAAUACCGUUGCGGGAAGGGCUCGCUAAACAACCCGUCUUCACCCAGGGGGAAAUUGUUAAAAUGGAUCAAUUGGGUGCCCGGCUAGAUACUAACGGGAAGUGGACGGUUCCUGAUGGGAGGCAAGUACUGAACAAACAGAUCACCCGGGGUAUUCUGCACCGAUUACACCAUCAGACCCACUGGGGGGAUGUAUUUAUCCGAACCUAUUUACUGGCCUUAUCCCGUUCUUUUGCAGAACUCGGGAGGAAAGGUCUCCUGGCUCAGACUCCGCCACUUGACUUCCUCCUGCAUAAGGUGGAGCCCGGAGAUUGGAUACUUGUUAAGACCUGGAAGGCCGAAAAGCUCCAGCCGCGGUGGGAAGGACCGUUCCUGGUUCUGUUAACAACUGAAGCAGCUGUUCGGACGAAAGAAAAAGGGUGGGUCCACGCAUCAAGGAUAAAGGGGCCUGUUCCGCCUGAAGAAGAAAGCACCUGGACAUGCGAGCAAGGGGACAAGCCGUUGUCGGUAAAACUGAAAAGACAGCAAUAAUGAACUCUACUUGGACUGUAUUGGUGGGGAUAUUGAUCAGUUUACUACUGUAUGUGGGGGAGG